GGAAAGGAAAGACCCAGGUGUCAGCCCAAAUGCAAAUUUUCUUGGCUCGCGAACAGGGCAAAUAGGGCAUCCCGUCUGGGGGGUUUUGGCACUAGUCCAUUGCUAACCUUGCACCUUGUUGGUCGAUUUUGCGAUGAUGGUUUCUUCCAGUUCCUUUUCUUCCUAUGCUGGCCUUUUUUUUCUCUUGUUUCCUUUCUCCCUUAUCCAUCUACCCAUCAGUCUAAAUGUUGGUGAAAUCGAAGUUUGCAGUAUGCACGUUGCCAACUGCAAACAAUUCUGUAAUGAUGGAUGGAUGGAUGAGAGAUAUUAUGGUGGGAUGGUGGUAGAUUCCAACUGGAACGGCGUAGUCUUUUCCGUCAUUUUAUGCGGCUCCUCAGGAUGGCCACAUUCUUUUUUGGAUUGCUACCCCCUGAAUUCCAAUCCCAGCCCUUAUCUACAUACAUACAUAGUAGUACCUAGUACCAUGCAUUGGCACACACGAUCACGGGUUCUGCUAGCCGGUAGACCCGAGACGAGUCUAGUCUCGCUUCUAGACUCUAGCAGAGUUAUCCCACUUCAUUUGGGGAUCCGCGUGAUGUGUAUUUGGGUAGUGGUGCUGCAGGCUUGCGAAAUUAGACAAAUGUCGAUCUCGGAGCGGAACAAAAAAACCACCCCCUUACUAUGUACAAUUUGGACUCUGAAUAUGCUAUCAUCCGUGACUUCUAAGUCCAGUCACGGCUCUUACACCACGUCUCGUUCCACAUUAAGUUAUGUCUCGUCUCACCUCCAAACAUUGUACACGUCCGACCUUCGUUGUGCCGGGUGUUUAAGUUGACUACUGCAGAUACAACAAGACGUACCGAGCUAACGAAGAGUUACAUCUGGACUCUUGGGUGCUGUUUGCUUGUCUUACCCCGUGACCUACAUGCCAACUUCUGGCUCUCUACUUCUUAAACUGUAGCCCGAGCGUGCAUCACCCAUAGGGCUGAUCCAAAGACCUGUUCGCUUUCCACGUGGCCGGCAGAAUUCGAUAAAGGCAGCGACGGAACCUGACCGAUAGCAAACGGAGAUCUUUACCGGGGCUAGGACAUUGCGGCGCGCACCCGCCUACUUCAAGGGCCAUAAUCGG